AUGGCGACCGCCGAGAUGAGUGUGCCGGAUAAGAAGCCUGAGCACGAAUCAGGAUAUUACGAAGGUAGCGACCAGGAGGGCAGCAUGGAAUGCGGGUGCCCUAGCCCUAUUAGCAGUAGGAACAGCUCUCACUCGACUAAACGUCGGCACACGGGGCAGAAACACAAGAAGGCUGUGGUGAAGAAGGCCAGGCCGGAGCCUAAUGGACAUGAGAGGGACAAGAGUGUGGAAAUAGUUGAGUGUUCUAGUGCUAGUUUACCGGUGGUAAAAGAGAAGGAGGAGCCGGCUCCGGUGGCCGGGCCCAGCAUGAAACGGAGCAGCUCCGUGGAGCUGAUCGGUGGAACUGUCCCCGCACCAGUGCGGUAUUCUGUGGAUUGGAAUCUUGUGGAUGCCAGCAAAAUUAGGAAAAGAUAUAAAGUUAAUCUAAAUGGACAAUCAAAAGUGGACAUAUCACAUUUCGACCUGCUCAAAGUACUUGGCACAGGAGCGUACGGCAAAGUGUUUCUAGUGAAAAAGAGAUGCGGCGUCGACGAGGGCAAGUUAUACGCGAUGAAGGUGCUCAAAAAGGCUUCCAUAGUGCAGAAGUUAAAAACGGCAGAACACACCAGGACGGAGAGACAGGUCCUGGAAGCGGUGAGAGAGUGCCCGUUCCUCGUCACGCUACAUUACGCCUUCCAGACUGACUCCAAACUACACCUCAUACUUGAUUACGUCGCUGGCGGCGAGCUGUUCACACACCUGUACCAAAGGGAGCAUUUCUACGAGAAUGAAGUUCGGAUAUACAUCGCCGAGAUUAUACUUGCUCUUGAGCAGUUACAUAAGCUCGGCAUCAUCUACCGUGACAUCAAACUGGAGAACAUCCUCCUGGACGCCGAAGGUCACAUAGUGUUGACCGACUUCGGUCUGUCCAAGGAGUUUUGCGGCGGCGAGAGCAGAGCGUACAGUUUCUGCGGGACCAUCGAGUAUAUGGCGCCUGAGGUCGUCAGGAGCGGCAGUCAGGGGCAUGAUAUCGCAGUAGACUGGUGGUCAGUCGGCGUCCUAACCUACGAGCUCCUCACUGGCGCCUCCCCGUUCACAGUAGAAGGAGAAAAGAACACCCAACAGGAAAUCACCAAGCGCAUUGUCCGGUGUAGCUACCCCGUGCCUACUGAAGUCAGUCCUGAGGUUCAGGACUUUAUUAAGAACUACCCCGUGCCUACUGAAGUCAGUCCUGAGGUUCAGGACUUUAUUAAGAACUACCCCGUGCCUACUGAAGUCAGUCCUGAGGUUCAGGACUUUAUUAAGAAAUUGCUAGUAAAAGACCCGCGGCGGCGCCUCGGUGGAGGCGAGAGCGACGCUGACGAACUGAAGAGGCAUCCAUUUUUCCAGAACCUCGACUGGGAUGCGGUAGCUCGUCGCGAGAUCCCCGCCCCCUUCGUCCCAGCCUUAGAACAUGCAGCAGACACUCGCAACUUCGCGGACGAGUUCACACGCAUGCCGCCCACAGACUCGCCGGCGCACGCGCCCAAACACAGCGACAAACUGUUCCUAGAUUACAUAGUUGUGAAAAAGAGUCCCGUCCUUCGAGUAUCCAAAGUGUCUCCAAGUGCACACAUAAUUUCAACUCAGAAGAAAGACAUCAAACAGGAGAUCGAACUACUAAAAGCAUGCCAAGACUGCCCCUACAUCAUCACGCUACACGAAGUCGUACAAGAUUCGGCGUUCACCUACAUAGUAACAGAGCUAGCUACCGGCGGGGAGCUGUCAACACACAUCACACCCGGCGGCAUCGGCGAGCGCGUAGCUCGGCGACUACUCGCGCAACUGACGUGCGCCGUCAGACACAUGCAGAGACGCCGCGCCGUGCACCGCGACCUCAAGCCUGAGAAUAUAAUGCUGACGACGUGUCGCCUGCACGAGGCUAAAGUGAAAGUUGUGGACUUCGGGUUUGCUCGUCGCACCCCCGAGUGCGAGGAGCGGUUUCGCAUGAUGACCCCAUGCUUCAGCUUGCCGUACGCGGCGCCGGAGGUGGUGGCGCGCGCGCGCUCGGGCGCGGCGCCCGGCUACAGCGCGAGCUGCGACAUCUGGAGUCUCGGCGUCAUCUUCUACUGCAUGCUAUGCGGUAAAGCGCCCUUCCAGCCAACUUCCAAGAAGGAACCAGUCGCCUCGUAUAUGGACCGCAUCCGACAAGGCAGCUUCUCUAUGGAAGGUCCAGUAUUAGACCGCGGGUUAUUCCUCAAACCACCAACAGAGUGCCAGCUGACUGCUGCUGAUCAUGGCAGGACCUACACGAAGUAUCAUGACAUGACCAAAGCCGAGCUCUACAAACGCCGCAGCAAGAACAAGCAACGCAAGUCCUCAGAAACGGCCGUCGAGCUCCCUGAAGACUCGGAGCUCAUGCACACGAUCAACACCAUCAAGAGUAGAGACAACAACUCUAUAGACAACGAUGUAGAGCUGAUUAAGGCUAACACACUGGACACGCCUGUGGCCGAAGAAGAAGUCGCUCAUGAAGAUGCUGAUGAGGUGAGUUCAAAUAAUUUAACUAUAAAGAGUAGAGACAACAACUCUAUAGAUAACGAUAUAGAGCUGAUUAAGGCUAACACGCUAGACACGCCUGUGGUGGAACAAGAAGUCAGUCAUGAAGAUGCUGAUGAGCUAAUACACACCAUGAACACCGUCAAGAGUAGAGAUAACAACUCUAUAGAUAACAAUGUAGAGCUGAUUAAGGCUAACACACUGGACACGCCUGUGGUGGAAGAAGAAGUCACUCAUGAAGAUGCUGAUGAGAGUAGAGAAAACAACUCUAUAGAUAACAAUGUAGAGCUGAUUAAGGCUAACACUCUGGACACGCCUGUGGUCGAAGAAGAAGUCAGUCAUGAAGAUGCUGAUGAGGUGAGUUCAAAUAAUUUAACUAUAAAGAGUAGAGACAACAACUCUAUAGAUAACGAUGUAGAGCUGGUUAAGGCUAACACGCUAGACACGCCUGUGGUGGAAGAAGAAGUCAGUCAUGAAGAUGCUGAUGAGCUAAUACACACCAUGAACACCGUCAAGAGUAGAGAUAACAACUCUAUAGAUAACAAUGUAGAGCUGAUUAAGGCUAACACACUGGACACGCCUGUGGUGGAAGAAGAAGUCACUCAUGAAGAUGCUGAUGAGAGUAGAGAAAACAACUCUAUAGACAACGAUGUAGAGCUGAUUAAAGCUAACACACUGGACACGCCUGUGGUCGAAGAAGAAGUCAGUCAUGAAGAUGCUGAUGAGCUAAUACACACCAUCAACACCAUCAAGAGUAGAGACAACAACUCUAUAGACAAUGAUGUAGAGGUAAGCUUAGAGUUGGUCGAAGAAGAAGUCUGGUAUGAAGAUACUGAUGAGGAGGCCUACGUACCCAGCGUGAAACCAGUAGAAAAAACCUACUCGAAAUCCCGAUCAAAACUAGACGACUACAUCUACAUAGAAAGCAGCCAGGGCCUUGACGGCACCAAGGUCGCCUUCCCGAAAACUAGUCGCGCCAAGAAGCCCAAAGAACCCCAGGAAACAUCACCAGUACCCAGGAAACGCAGAAAAGUUGAACCUAAACCUAAAACUAAAGUUAACGGAGAAGGAAACACUAGGGAGCUAAGGAGUAAGGAGAAACCUACCCCUAGCAGACCUAAAGAAUCAAUAGAGAACGAAAAAGUCAAAACUAUAGUGCCGGCGUUUUCGUUUGAGUCGGAUAAGAGAGCAGAGUCGUCUGAAGGUAAGAAGACGCGUAAAGCCAAAGCGAGUAGGAAAACUGCCGUCCGCGCGACCCGCUCGCGCCCUAAUAGGAGGUGA